AUGGCUCUUGUCAGAUAUGCAGCCCAAAAUUCCUCCUCUUCCAAUACUACAUCUUCUCCAUGUAGGUAUCAUGUGUUCUUGAGUUUCAGAGGGAAAGACACUCGAAAGAACUUCAGUGAUCACCUCUACACUGCCCUUGUCAACGCCCGCUUUCGAACUUUCCGAGACGAAGAUGAACUCGAGAGAGGGGAAGGUAUCAACCCAGGAAUUGAGAGAGCCAUUCGACAGUCAAGAAGUUCUGUUAUUGUGUUCUCAAAGGACUUUGCUUCUUCGAAUUGGUGUCUUGACGAGGUAGUAAUGAUCCUUGAACGCAAAAGGGUGACCUCAGAUCAUGUAGUUUUACCAGUCUUCUACAAUGUGGAUCCAUCCCAAGUGAGGAAGCAGACGGGUAGUUUUGGGGAGGCAUUCGGCAGACACCAAAACACUCAACCUUCGAACAAGGUUAAAGAAUGGAAGGACGCACUUACAAAAGUUGCAGAUCUUGGAGGGAUGGUCUUGAGGAACCAAGAUGAUGGGUACGAGUCAAAAUUUAUCAAAACUAUUGUUAAAGAGAUAGGUGACAAGCUUAGUCGUACAGUACCACUAAGCGUUGGCACUAACCUGAUUGGAAUUCAUGCUCGAGCCAACAAGAUUAAUCGAUGGAUACAAGAUGGACCAAAUGAUGUCGGCAUACAUGUAAUUUUUGGGAUGUCUGGAAUAGGGAAGACGACAGUUGCAAAACAUGUCUAUAAUUCAAACUUCAGAAAUUUCGAAGGAAGCAGCUUCAUUGAAAAUAUCAGACAAACCUCAGAUCAAAUCAAUGGCAUUGUUAAAUUACAAAAACAGCUCCUUCAUGAUAUUUUGAAUGGAAGAGAAGUAAGGAUACGAAAUUCUAGCGAAGGAAAAUCUGCGAUUGAAGAUGCCAUAAGCUGUAAAAGAAUUCUUCUUGUUUUCGAUGAUGUGGAUCAUAUGGAUCAGUUUGAUGCAUUACUUACGAUGAGAGAUCGAUUCCAUAAAGGAAGUAAAAUCAUCAUAACAACCAGGCGUGCAUGGGUAUUAAAGGCUCAAGGAAUUACUAAGGUGCAUUAUGUUCGAGCUUUGAAUGAAAGUGAAUCUCUGACGCUCUUCAGUUUGCAUGCUUUUCGACAAGAACAUCCUAUUGAAGGCUACAUGGAACUGACUGAAAAAUUUGUACGCCACUGUGCAGGGCUACCAUUAGCUCUUCGAGUUUUGGGUUCUUCCCUAUUCGGGGAAGAUGUAGCUGUAUGGGAGAGUGCAUUAAGAAAAGUAGAAUCUAUCCCGAAUAGUGAAAUCGUGCAUAAACUCAGAAUGAGUUUUGAUGCACUGGAUAAACACGACCAGGAAGUGUUCCUCCACAUCGCUUGUUUCUUUAUUGGAAAUGAGAAAGAUUACACAGUUGACGUACUAGAUGGAUGUGAGUUCUAUACAACUAUUGGCAUCAUAAAUCUCAUUGAUAGAUGCUUAGUAGGAAUUGGCGCCAAUAACAAGCUGGUGAUGCAUGACAUGGUUCGUGAUAUGGGAAGAGGAAUUGUUCGCCUAGCAGCAGAGGAGCCUCGGAAGCGUAGUAGAUUAUGGCAUCACAAUGAAUCUUUCAAAGUAUUGAAAGAAAAGAAUGGUACAAAAAAAAUUGAGGGCCUUGAAUUGAACAUGCAAAGGCACCUGGGAGUCACUACUCCUUCAAAGAAUUUGAAUGAGAUCAUCUUGGAAACCAAUGCAUUUGCAAGGAUGCACAAACUAAGACUGCUCCGGCUUAGUCAUGUGAAACUCACUGGACGCUAUGAAGAAAUUCCUACAGGAUUGAGAAUGUUGUGUUGGAUUGCAUUUCCUUUGGAUUCUAUACCAAAUGAUUUUCAUUUGGAGAACCUAGUUGUUCUGGAAAUGCAGUAUAGCAGCUUGAGACAAAUCUUGAACGGAACGAAGUGUUUUCCAUCUUUGAAGAUCCUUGAUCUCAGUCAUUCUCAUGGCCUUAUUGCAACCGUCGACUUCUCUCGUUGUCCCAGUUUAGAGAAAUUGACUCUCAUGGAUUGUGAAGGCUUGAUUGAUGUCCAUGAAUCCAUUGGAAACCUAGACAGACUAGUUUAUUUGAAUAUGAAAGAUUGCAGAAGUCUUAGGAGGCUCCCAAAGACAAUUGGUAUGCUAAAGCUACUCGACACACUUCUUAUAUCUGGCUGCUCAAAUCUUAACAACUCUUCAAUAGAGAUGAUCAGAAGCAUGGAAUCGCUGAAAGUGCUUGAACUGGAUAGAAUUCCAAUGAAUCGAUUAUUCACACUCAGUGUGGAGGUGAAAUCAGGGACUUAUUUACCAUGCUCUUUAUUAUCUUUAAGUCUUAGCGGGUGCAAUCUCACUGAUGAAGCUUUUCCUGUCGAUUUUGCUAGCCUAUCCUUAUUGAAAAGUUUAAAUCUAAGUGAGAAUCCAAUUUCUGGCCUCCCAAAUUGCGUCAAGGGUCUGACAAGGCUAGAAAGACUCUCUCUCGAGAACUGUUUGAGCCUCAAAUCCCUUGUAGAGCUACCAAAAUUAGACCACAUGAUUGUAUCCGGUUGCACAGCAUUGGAAAGAAUAACAUACCAGUCAAGUUGGUGUGCCGGGCCUAACGCAAGUGGUAGGAACCACAGCCUAGUUGAGUGGGAAUACCAAUAUAAGCUGGAACCGAUUAGUAGUGUUGAUGUUGAGAUUCUUAAUUUUCUGGGCUUGAGAAAAUUGGACUUUGAAAAUAUGCCAGAGGUUCGGAUGUGCAAACCAUAUCAAGGUUACGAUAUAAUCCAUCAGGGUGGAAUCCAGGGACUGCAUGAGUAUGAUUGUACAAGCUCGUAUUUUUUUCGAGGAAGAAAGAUAAAUAUGUUCAGCACAUUUCUUCCUGGGAAUGAGGUUCCAGGCCAAUUUAGCCAUAGAUCAAUUGACGGCUCCUCCUCAAUAUCAUUAACUGUGCCCUUGCCUUCACUUAAUGAUGAUCCCAGAAUCCGAGGGUUUAACAUCUUCAUUGUCUAUGCAGUUUCUGACAAUGAGGAUAAAAGAUAUUCUUCUAGUAAUAACCAGGGUUCAAUAACUAUCAACGUCGUUAAUGAGAGCAAUGGUGACAACUGGCAUUAUGCACCAGUAUAUCAUGGUGUUCCGGGCAAGGGAGAAGACAUGAUAUGGUUAACCCAUUGGAAUAUGCAGAAUCAAGUAAAAGGUGGAGAUCAAGUUGCUGUUUCACUCUCGCCAGAACAUGUCAGGUUUCGGUAUCAGGUUAAGGAGUGGGGGAUCCAGGUUGUGCAGGAGAAGCAAAUAGAGACCACUGGUGGAGAUUUGUUAGCAUCUGAUGAGCCAUUGAGGGGAGCAGAUAAAGAAGGAGAUUAUGAAGAAGUGGUAGUGGAUGAUCCUAUUCCAGCAUCAGCAAUGAGGGGUGGCGGCAACAACAACAACGAUCAGGGCCUCAGAAGGUGGAAGGUGCUCAUCAUUUCCGCUAUCGUCCUUUGUGCUGCCAUCAGUGUUGCUCAUCGUUUUGAGGACACUAAUGUCGACACAAAUGUAGCUAAAACUGUCACUAAUGCAGACAAUGAAGAACAACAACGGGAUGAAGAUGACAAGUUUGAAGUUGCCACUGACGGCAGAAACGACCGUGAACGGUGUCCCAGAAAGUGGAAGGUGCCCAUCAUCGCUGCUGUCAUGUUAAUUACAUAUCUAUCUGUUGGCUGGUUCUUUUCCGCGAGAGACGUAUACAUGGAGUCCAUUUUGGUUCCUACAUGA